CAGUGAUGGCGGAAUUGGACAUAGGGCAGCACUGUCAGGUGGAGCAUUGCCGGCAGCGAGAUUUUCUUCCUUUUGUGUGUGAUGGUUGUUCAGGAGUAUUUUGCCUUGAACACAGAAGCAGGGAGUCACACAGCUGUCCUGAGGUGACUGUAAUCAAUGAGAAACUGAAGUCAGAUAAGCCUUCAUCUUACCCAUGCUCAUUCAAGGACUGUGCUGAAAGAGAGCUUGUCCCAGUUAAAUGUCCUUAUUGUGAGAAGAAUUUUUGCCUGAGGCACCGUCAUCAGUCAGAUCAUGAAUGUGAAAACCUGGAAAUUCCCAAGCCUCGUAUGGCUGCCACUCAGAAACUUAUUAAAGAUAUUAUUGAUUCUAAGACCGGAGAGAUAGCAAGUAAACGACGGAAAGGUGCAAAAAAUAGUGAAACAGCUGCAAAGGUAGCAUUGAUGAAAUUAAAAAUGCAUGCUGAUGGAGAUAAGUCAUUGCCACAGAAAGAAAGAGUUUACUUUCACGUUUUCUUACCUAAGGGGAGCAAAGAGAAGAGCAAACCAAUGUUCUUUUGCCACCGAUGGAGCAUUGGAAAGGUCAUAGACUUUGCAGCUUCUUUAACCAGUCUUAAAAAUGAUAAUAACAAAUUAACAGCUAAGAAAUUAAGGUUAUGUCACAUUACUUCAGGAGAAGCCUUACCCUUGGACCAUACUUUGGAAACCUGGAUUGCUAAGGAGGAUUGUCCUUUAUAUAAUGGUGGAAAUAUUAUCUUGGAAUAUCUUAAUGAUGAAGAACAAUUUUUAAAAAAUGUUGAUUCUUAUCUGGAAUAAUCAUGUAAGGAUUCAAGCCAGAAAUGAAGAAAAUUUUAUGUUAAGUCAAUUUCUUUUACUACAAAUACUAUAUACAUAUAUUUUAUUUUUAAAAGUUGCUUUUUAACUUAUUUCCAUUGUGUCAUAAUUUACAUUAUCAGUUUUCUAUUAAAUUAAAUUGGAAUUUUGGUGUUAAAGUUUAACUAUGAGCAGACAUUCAGUUAUUAGUAAAUUCUUAUCUUUAGCUUUUAUUAGGUUGUGCUUAGUAACAACAAAAAGGUGUAUUUCAUUUAGUUAAUGUCAGCUAUUGUGGUGCUGCUGCGUAUCCUCUUUACUCUCAGAUCUAAGCUGAAGGAAUGACUCAUGUUUGGGACAUUGCUACUUUUAAAGCAGAGGAAGAAAGAGAUUGUUUUUAGAAAAUACAUGUAUCCAAAAAAAAGAGAGAGAGAGAGAGAAAGAAAGAAAAAAUACAUGUAUCACUUUUGCUUUAAGCAAGUAACCUUGCCAAACCUUGUACUAUGAAGCCAGGGUAUAUAAAGCUUUAACUAUAUAUCCAGAUGUAUAAAUUGAUGUGUGUACAUGAAUCAUAGAAACUUGGAGACCAUCUCAUUCAUUCUUCUAAGUUUUUAGAUGAGGAAUCUCAGGGUAGGAAGAAGAAAUGAUUUUCUUGGUGUUCUCUGUACUGCAUUGGGGCAUAUCUCUCUGAUAAAGGUCCUUCUUCAGUAGGAUUUACCUUUUUUGUUUGUGUAAAUGUAUUACAAAUGAGAGUAAGAUGAAGUAGCACAACUUCAUUUCAGUAUCUUUAUAUAUAUCAAAGCAAAAUACAUACCAAAAGGAAUUAUAUUUUACCAACACAUUAAAAUGACUGCUUCUGACUGAUCUAUCUCUUCCGUCGGUACUCAACAAAGUACUACCAUAUAGAAGAAAUAGAAAUGAUUUCGUCUUUUCCCUUUUUUGUUCUUUUUGGGAAAGGCUUUGUCUCUUUUGUGUUUUAAUUGUCAUGGACACAAAGUAGCUUUACAUAUAAUUAAAUAAAGGAUUUAAAUUCAGAA